AUGUAAAGGCCAUUAACCAGCCUCACAUCAUCUCAAUAAUAAUCGAAACUUUAUGAUAAUAGUAGUACUUCAUUUAGAAUUAAGGAAAAUAAGAAAAAUAGGCAAAUGCCCUAAUAGAUGCUUUAUGAUAAGGAGGGAUUGUAUGAGGAAAACCUGAAGUUGAAGAAGGAAUUGCAACAGGUGAAAUUUGAAUUGAAGAAGGAGAGACAAGAACAUGCCAAUUUUGAGAAACAAGUGCAGAAAACUAAUGAAACUUAAAAAGAUUUUCAAGUAAUCUUGUCUUAGAGAGUGAGAAUCAAGGAUUAGGAUAAGCUAAUCAAAGAACUUGAGGAUUAGGUUUUUCAAUUGAAGCGCAAUCCUGAGAGGACUAAGAACAAAGAAUUGGAAGCAGAAUUAGAAGAAUAAAAAGAAGCAUAUCAAAAAUUAUAGUUAUACAUUAGUAGCAAAUGCAAUCAAGAUGCAAACGAAACCUUGAUGGUUAAUUAAUCAUUAAAGGAUCAAAUUCAAAUUAAUUUGGUUUAAGCCUACAAACAAGACAACUUGAAUUUAUCAUAAAUGAUUCUCAGUUUGUAAUAGGAGAAUCACGGUUUACAAUAGAAUUAAUUAUCAAUCAAGAAUGAGAAGGAUAGAUUGACGAAUAGGUUGAAGGAAUUAGAGAAGCAAUUCGAAUCUGUGAAUAAACAUAUGAUGUAUAUGAGAUAAGAGAUGUAAAACACUAAAAAGUAAACUCCAUCUGAAGAUUAUUUGAAAAAGAUAGAUGAAUUGUAAUAAUAGGUCUAAAAUUAAGCUAAAUAAUUACAAUAAAAUAAAAAACUAAUAGAAGAAUUGGAACAAAAAAAUGGAGAGUUAUAGCAUAAUUAUGAUGUAUUUAAAUCAAUGGAGAGUAAAGAGAAGGAGAAAUUGUAGGAUAGAUUAAACAUGCUAAAAAAGUAGAUAGAGGAAUUGAAUUAGAAGAGAGAUGAUCACGAGUAAUCUUAAGAAGGUUCCCUCUAAUCAAUAGGACUUAAAUAAGCAAUGACAAUUUAUGGUAGUCCUAGGAGUAAUAAUAGUCCUUAGAAAUUGCAAUUACAAUUGGGUUUUACGAAUAAAAAACAAUGUUCAAAAGUAAAUUCUUAUGACAUCAAAGAGAUCGUUAGCAAUUUAAAAAUAAAGUUGUUGAGCAAUAAUAUUGAUUAUGAAACAUAAGAAUAAAUUUUGUGUGAAGAUGAUGAUGAGUUUUUAACUUUAGAGGAAAUGUAAUUACGAUUGUAGAAAGCACCGUUUGAACUAACUGAGGACGAAUCGAGUCUUUUAGCCAGAUAUUUGAUUGAGGACAACACUGAAGAUCAUAUUCUCUAUGAUUAGCAAAGAACAUAAACGAAGAUUAUAAUUAAAUCUGUAUAUAAGAAAUUAUUGGGCGAAUUCAAUUUGUUUGAUGCUUUAGAGAAACAAUAGAUGUAUGAGUAUUUUUGCCAAUUGUUUCACAAAUACAACUAGGGGAUGGAAUCUGCAAUUAAAUAAUUCAACAUUAAAAAAAAGUACUUGGGGAAUAAUCAAUGUGAAUAUGAAGAUUUUAAUGAAGCACUAAAAUAUUGCGAUAUCCUUUUAACUACCAGACAGAGACUUUAUUUGGAAUUGGAAAUUUUUUCUGAUUCUUAACAAUUACAGCGAUUUAAUUUUUAGACUCUAUUUUCAAAGUUUAAAUUAAAGGUUUCUGAUUUAGAUAAUAGUAUUAAUUGA